AUGGAUAGCGUCUCAGACUCAAUGCCACCGGUCAACACAUACUCGCCUUCUUCUCCGGUAAUCUUGGCUAUUCUAUCAAUACUUACUCACUUACCGCAACUGCGCGGUCACGAGAGUUAUCCUGAAGCAACAGAUGAAAACAUUCUUGAAAGGAGCACAUCUCUUUCUCAGCAUGCGCUGCACGCAAUCACAAGCUGGGACGCCAUAAAAGUCUUGGAGACUCAUUCGUUCUCCGCGUCAAGGUUUCAUCCAAAUGUACCCGGAGAACUUGAGAGACCACUGGCAUGUUGCGUACUGAGUCUCUACCACUAUCUGUGCAGAGGAGACAUUGAACAAAUGACGUCUUAUGCCCAAAAGGCUUUUGGCUUUUUGAGAGAACUGUCUUCAAAUACAACAACGUCGAGACCGGAAGUGCGCUUUGAGGAAAGCCUUCGAAGAGCUUGGUGGAUGACAAUCUGGGAGCAAAUAAUUCGCGCUGAAGAAACACUGGUUGGUGCAACACUUUUGCUUGUUGCCUUGGUAAAGGGAUUCAACUCUGAGACAGCAGCACAAUCCUUGCAUGAUAAUCUCCGUAUCAUGGACGACAUCAUUGUGCAUCUGCUGGAUGACAGCGGACAAAAUGGAGAUAAUCGAACAACCGGAGUAGAUUGUUGCGAGUCAAGACUCGCUGAUUAUUUCCGCACCACAGCCCGCAUCCGAUUAAACAGGUUCGGUUACUUCUUCUAUAUUGCGGCCAAACGUUAA